AUGGAAAAGAGGAUUGACCUAGCCAACGCGGCAGCCCAAGGUCGAGCCAUCUACGGCAGGACUCAUGGCCGCAUCCCACUGCCUGCGGCCUUCGAGGACAUCCGGAGGACCAGGAGGUGUCCGGGAGAUGAUAGAUGGAAGGAGUUUAUUGGUGACUUAUUGGCUACAGUAGGGUCUUGUGAUCUUGGGUUAGAGAUCUAA